CCCCCCUCCUCCCCUCUCUAAAUAUAUGUAUAAAUAUAUAUCCCAUUGUUUAAUUACUUUUUAUCUAGCUACAAUCUCCAAUGACUAAAUCAUUGCAAACCCACAUAAGGAAUGUCCUCAAGAAAGUUAACAUGUUGACCAAAGUCAACAAAUGCAAGAACAAGCCCACCAUGAAAUCAUGUGCUCUUGAUCUCAUCUCAUCUUUCAUAGCCAUGGAUGUCUCAAACCAACUCAAGCAAGUCUUCGAGUUCUUCGAUAUCGACGGGGAUGGCAAGAUUUCUCAAGUUGAGCUCACAAAUGUGUUGUUGACUUUUGGUCAAGAAAAGUCAAAGGCCACAAUUGAAGCUCAAGGAAUACUCAAAGAGGUUGACUUUAAUGGAGAUGGGUUCAUUGACUUAGACGAGUUCAUGACCAUUAUGGAUGGUUCCAAGCCGGUUUUUGCUAGUUCAAAGGAAGAUAAUGGUGAUGAUGAUCUUAGAAAUGCUUUUUUGGUGUUUGAUAGUGAUAAAAAUGGACUCAUUUCUGCAAAGGAGUUGCAACGAGUGCUCAUGAGUCUUGGAUGUAGCAAUUCCAAGAUUGGACAAUGUAGAAAAAUGAUCAAAGGUGUUGAUAAAGAUGGUGAUGGUUUUGUUGACUUUGAGGAAUUUAAGUCAAUGAUGUCCAUAGGUAUCCACUAGUUUUGAUCUUAAAUUUGAAAACAAGCUACUCGUAUCUCUUGUUGUGCUGCAUUGAUGACUUGUAUAUCAUGCAUUGUAACGUACAAUAUCGAUGUAUGUAUGUAUGAGAGACAUUAUAGAUGUGAUGUUACAACCACUU